GAAGAAGAAAAAAAAAAUUAUUUUAAUUUUUAAAAUAUCAUUACACUUAAAAAUAUUAACGUUUAGUUUGCUUGUUUAACCUAAUUGAAAGGUCAGGGAAGUUAGAGAUAAAAUGUAACGAUAACAUGUUCAACACGAGAUAUAACUAUUAAGUAGCACUUAAGUUCAAUUUCUGUAAGAGCAAAGAAUUGCUUUAAAUAUUCACGAUAUCAUAUUGGAAAGCUUCAACGAGAAGAACCGUUAGAGUAAAUAUAUAUUUUGGCCGGAACAAGAUAAUUUAAUGCAUACAAAUACAGUUCGGUUUCACAUACCUAUUUAAAAUGUACAACAAAAUGACAGUGCUUUAUUGGAUUCUCUUGAUUCAAUCUCUCUCUGUACAGUGCAUGAUCCAUCAUUAUCCAAAGUUAAAUCUUCCAGAGAUAGAUGGCGGUGAUACAGGAGCUCCUCUGUUUUUGACACCAUACAUUGAAAGAGGCAAUAUUACGGAAGGCAGACGAUUAGCUCGCGUACCGUUUACAGAAAGCUUGGGUUUCAAAAGUUAUGCUGGAUAUUUCACAGUCAACAAGGAAUAUGACUCCAACCAAUUUUUCUGGUACUUUCCAGCCAUAGUGCCAAAUAAGGAUGCUCCAGUUAUCGUAUGGCUGCAAGGUGGACCUGGUGCUACAUCUUUGUUUGGACUUUUUACUGAAAAUGGACCGUUGAGGGUGCAUAAUGGUAAAUUUGAAAAGCGAAAAUAUAAUUGGGCUCUAGGACAUCAUGUUAUUUAUAUUGAUAAUCCUGUUGGGACUGGCUUCAGUUUUACUAAAAACCCAAAGGGAUACUGUACCAAUCAAACUCAGGUUGGACAAGAUCUGUAUUCAACAAUCACACAAUUCUUUCAGUUAUUCCCAGAACUUCAAAAAAAUAAAUUUUUCAUAACAGGUGAAUCUUAUGCUGGAAAGUAUGUGCCUGCAUUUGCCUAUACUAUAUACAAAAACAAUCCUGCUGCAAAAGUUAAAAUUAAUUUAAAAGCAAUUGCUAUUGGAAAUGGAUUGAGUGACCCUGAACACCAGUUGGUGUAUAGCAAAUAUUUGUAUCAAAUUGGUCUUUUGGAUUGGAACCAGGCCAAGGUCUUUGCAGACUCUGAAAGUAAAGUUGUUGAAUUAAUUAAAAAUAAACAAUGGCUUCAGGCCUUUAAGUCAUUUGAUUCACUACUCAAUGGAGACCUUAUAAAUGGCAAAAGUAUGUUUUAUAACAUGACGGGAUUCGAAUUUUAUUUCAAUUUUCUACACACAAAAGAUUACUUUAAAAAAGAGGAUUUUGGACCAAUGAUUCAGAAGUCUUAUGUCAGAAAAGCUAUUCACGUGGGUAAUCUAAGUUUCCAUGAUGGUAGUAUAGUGGAGGAGAAUUUAAAGGAAGAUGUGAUGCAGUCUGUAGCGCCAUGGAUAUCUGAGCUGCUAGAUCAUUACUAUGUUCUAGUUUAUAAUGGUCAGCUUGACAUCAUUGUAGCAUACCCUAACACGCUUAACUACCUUAGAAAUCUUAACUUUACUGGAGCUGAUGAUUAUAAGACAGCAAAACGUUAUCACUGGUUGGUUGAUAAUGAGUUGGCUGGAUAUGUUAAGCAAGGUGGCAAGUUGGUAGAGAUAAUGGUGAGAGAUGCUGGUCAUAUGGUGCCUGGUGAUCAACCUAAAUGGGCAUUAGACAUGAUCACUAGACUUACUCAUGAGAAGACUUUUACUAAUAAAAAAUAUGUAACAUUUUAAGAAUAUUGUUUGUUCUAACUCUUUUUUGAAAAGGCAAUAAUCAUUUACUGUUGAUCAUAAUGGAAGUAUAUUUUUAAAUAAAUUUUUUAUGUAAA